AUGAUGGAGGGCGCCCUCGACCCUGAAACACUUUACACAAAGCAGAACUGCAUCGGCGGAGGAAGCUUUGGGAGGGUCUACAAGGGAGUCGAUAAAAGAACCGGUCAAUCAGUCGCGAUCAAGAUUAUUGACGUCGAAAAUGCAGACGACGAAGUUGAGGAUAUCAUACAGGAGAUCUCGAUCCUGUCGGAGCUCAAUUCUCCCCAUGUCACGAAGUACCAUGGCUCGUUUUUAAAAGGGUCCGAUCUUUGGAUCAUAAUGGAGUUUUGUUCGGGAGGAAGCUGUUCGGAUUUGAUGCGUGCAGGGCGCAUAUCAGAGGAAUAUAUCAUGAUUAUCCUUAGGGAACUGCUUCUGGGGCUCGAUUACUUGCAUAACGACAACAAAUUACACCGUGAUGUCAAAGCGGCAAAUGUAUUACUUACAGCCAGUGGACAGGUCAAGCUGGCUGACUUUGGUGUCUCUGGACAAUUGUCCGCUACAAUGACCAAGAAAAACACCUUUGUUGGAACUCCCUUUUGGAUGGCCCCGGAGGUCAUCAAACAGUCAGGGUACGACCACAAAGCUGACAUCUGGUCAUUGGGUAUUACAGCAAUUGAACUAGCCAUGGGAGAGCCACCGCUUUCGGAUAUCCACCCCAUGAAGGUCCUGUUUCUGAUUCCAAAGAAUGCCCCGCCCACUCUCCAAGGUCCUUUCAGCAAAUCAUUCAAGGAAUUUGUCGAUCUAUGUUUACGGCGUGACCCAAGAGAACGGCCGAGUGCAAAGGAAUUGCUUAGACAUCAGUUCGUGAAACGAGCAAAAAAGACAACAUACUUGACCGAGCUUAUAGAGCGGUAUGAACGCUGGUUCGCAAAGAAUGGGAACCGAUUACCAGAUGAUGAAGAGGAUGAUGUGUAUCAUCAGCAGGAGAAACAUCAGCCUGCCAUGGCUAGAGCAGAAGAUGACCUGUGGGAUUUCGGGACUGUACGCCCUGCUGGAGGAAAUAGAGCUGCUGGAUUGCGUGCCAUGAAUGAGGCUGCGGCAAAUGCAAGAGCACAAGUUCCCAACCUGCACAAUAGAACUCAGUCAAACAGCAGCUGUCUUCCCACUUCCCAGGAAAAAGUACCUCGAAAAAUGUCGAAAGAAACGGUCAAGAGUCCCCCAUCACCACAGAGACGAAAUUUUCCUUCAGAAACACCGCCAGCAACUCCAAACAGUCACCUCUCACGGGCACCUUUGCCAACGCCUCAGCUUCCUCAGACACAAUCUCCGAGACAGUCGUCUUACCAUGAUCAAUUAAAGACACCUGUAGCUCUCGGGAAAACCCAACCUUCCUUACCGCCGCAAGAGGAGGAAAGCCCAAGUACGCAUGACUACGAUCGAGCCCUUCAACGGUCACUGGCUCAGGAUCUUAAUUUCCUGAAGCUGGCCGAAUCUCCCAACAGUACGCCUACACAGCCCCUCCCAAAGCCACAGGUCGCAGAACAAAUACAGAGGAAGCCAGCUCCGAUGCAAUUACCCGAAAUACCACCGUUUAAGGGAGCUUCAAGGUCGCCCACGCCUCAAACUUCCAAACCUCCAGGACAUUACCACCUACCCCCUCUGUCGGCCCAUCCUUCAUCUACUCCUUCAUCAUACCAGCAACACCAACUUCCACUUCCCUCUACCCGUCCGCAACCACCAAUCCCGUCAACCCCGGAACGUAGCCCUACUAUUCAAAGCCCGCGCGAUUCCCUAGACUCAGUCUCUUCCAACUCAAUCGUCCAUUUCUCUUCUCAGGAACAAUCCAAUUCCAACGAGCCCAUUACCGCGCUAAAUGGAGUUAUACUGCCUGCUCUAGAAGCUGCUCUCCAUCGCCGUACCUAUGCCCUCAAUUCGUUGUGUCGAGUCCAACCAGGUACCCCGGCCAGCAAGCGACCAUCUACGGAGCAAGUACAGCGCCAGGUAUACGCCCACGAAAAACUCAAGAGGCUGGUCAUAAAAGCAGCAGGUAUCUUCAAGGAGAUCGAACGAUGGGAUAACGAAGCACCACUGGGCAUGGGCGGAGACAUCAAUGCCUUCCUUGAGGGCUUUUUAGAAGAAGUCCUGGUUCGUGUUGAGCCGGAGGAAGACCCAUCAGAGUGA